CUCUCUCCACGCCGCGAACAUUGGUUGGAGAGGACGGUAGCACGGUUUGAGCGAUUCGAUUCCGAUUCAUUCAUUCCUGGCUACCCCUGCUUCCCACAAUACAAACUUAUUAGCUAGCUAGCUAGCGAGGAGGAAGAUGAGGGUCUUGAAACCAGCCAUCUCUAUUGACGAGGAGGAGGUGGAAAUAGAAGUAAAGGUGCUCGACGGUAGCCACGAGGAAUCCUUUGAAGAUGCACGAGAAGGGCCCUGUCAAGACGAUAAUAAUGAGGAGGACGAAUACUACAGUGUGACCUCAUUUGAAAGCUCUUGGCUAAAUCAGGAAAUCGUCAAGGAUGACCAAGAGAAAGCUGAUGCUGUUCCAACUACUGCGGCUCCAACUGCAGCGACCCUUCCUGCAUCUUGCCGCGACAAGAAGACUUGUCUGGUACGGUUUGGUCGCGCUGUACGAAUCUACUGGCGCAACCACCGUGUUACCUGUGUUUGGCUUCUCUUGUAUGCCCUGGCCAAUGUGGUUUGUUUCUACUACAAGGCCAGUAUCUAUGCCUUUGACGACAAGCACGCACCUGCUCGUCAAGUCUUUGGAUCCUGCGUCAUUGUUGCGCGAGGAGCUGCCAUGUGCUUGAACCUGAAUGCCUGUCUCAUUCUAUUACCACUCUGUCGCCACUUGUGGACAUUGGUGCAAACACUGCCUCCGCUAAGGUGUUGUUCCAAACGAAUCUUUUGGACCGAAUGGCUACCACUCGACCAAUGGGUCGUCAUUCAUCGAGUGAUUGGCAUUCUCUUUCUCUAUUGGACUCUACUCCAUUGUGCGGCCCACGCCUGCGAUUUUCAUCGCUUUGUGCAUCACCCCUACGAAGAGGACUUGUAUCUACUGUUUCCAAACGAAGCGUACAUACCCGAGGACCCUGCCGGGAGAUGGAAACUCUUACUACGACAACCUGCGGCCAUUACUGGCAUUAUCAUGGCGUUUUGUAUACUCAUUGCCUAUCCCACCGUCAUGAUGUAUCGGAGAUUGGGAUACAAUGUCUUUUGGUACAGUCAUCACUUAUUAUUGGUCAUGUUGGUGGCUCUAUUGUUUCAUGGGGUUGGACAGCUGUUGGAACCUCCACAGUCCAUCUACUGGGUGGGAGUGCCGCUGUGCUUGUACUUGCUGCAGCGGAUAUGGCGUGAAGUGGCGGGCAUGUGCUGUUCUCGUGCCCAGGUCAAAGUACUGGAGCUGUCUAUCAAACCAGGCAAUGUCAUUUACCUGCGCCUGACCAAACCACCGUCAUGGAAGAACCGAUUGAGGGCGGGCAUGUAUGCCAAUCUCAAUAUACCCUAUCUUGCUCUAUUGGAAUGGCAUGCCUUUACCAUUUCCUCGGCACCAUCGGACGACUAUUUGGAGUUUCACAUUCGACCCGUUGGCGACUGGACCACGGAUCUGUACCGACUGGCCAACUCCUUUACAUCCACCAAAGCCAAAAAGACAGCUCCGCCACCGACAUUGCAAGACUUGGCCGAAGCUGGACUAUGUCGGUUUGAGGAUGAACCAGCUUCGCAAGCAUCACCAUCAGCGAAUGCUUCAACCCACUGUCCACACUCGCAACCUCUGCAGCGUCGUAGUUCAAAGUGGCUGUGGGAUAGGGGAGCCUCAGUUCUCGACUUGAGCAAGGUGAUGAAGGAUACGGCGUCUUCUACCGAGCUGGAAGGGACACAGUCUUUGGGCGUUAGCAGCACCUCCAAUGUGUCAUCUCCUUCCACUUCCAACAACGAACCUCGUCAUCAUCACAGCGUCAACGCCAAGAAUGCUAGUAAUGCUAGUGGGGAGGCCAUUUCCGUGGCGAAGCAACCAUUUCAAUUGCAACAUUUGGUGGUCAAGUUGGAUGGGCCAUUGGGAACAGCAUCUCAGGGGUACUCGCAACACCGCAUGGUGGUGUUGGUGGGGGCGGGGAUUGGUAUUACACCCAUGGUUUCCGUCUUGAAAGAACUCUUGGCAAAUCCGGGCAAGAUGGAACGCACUUAUUUGAUAUGGUCCUUUCGGGAACGACAGGCCAUGGACUGGUUUGCCAGCCUUAUCAAUGAUAUCCUCGUGGAACAGCGACGACAGUCCGCGCGACGCGGCAAGACAAGCAAGUUGGCUCCUGUAUUGGAGCUGCGAUUCUUUGUGACAGCCGCACCUCCGCGGCAAGAGUGUUGUAGUUCCAACAAGGCCUUCUCGGUCGUCUUUGGAAGACGUCCCUGCUGGCCGGAUGAGUUGUCUCGUGUGCACCGUCAAAUCCGGGCCCAAAACUACAACAAAUGUGGUGUUUUUGUCUGUGGACCAGCAUCCAUGACACAACGCAUCCAAGAUGUUGGCUUUCACAUCUCUCGACAAGAUCCAGACUUUCAAUUUUACUGCCGUCAGGAAACCUUUGCCAUGUAGGCGAAGAGCUGCCAUUGGAGGUAGCUAUAGAAACACCUACGGCGAUAUAAAGUAUUAGAACCUUUUGUUUUUAG